GAGGCUGCUCCGCAGCAGCGAGCGGGGCGGGAGCCGCAGCUGAGCCAGCGGAACUGAGUCCAGCCGGCAGGUGCACGACUGCGGGACGGCGGCGGCAUGACCGGCCACCACGGCUGGGGCUACGGCCAGAAGGACGGCCCCUCACAGUGGUACAAGCAGUAUCCCAUUGCCCAGGGAGACCGCCAAUCACCAAUCAAUAUCAUAUCCAGACAGGCUGUGUAUUCGCCCAGCCUGAAGCCACUGCAGCUUUCCUAUGAGGCCUGCACAUCCCUCAGCCUUGCCAACAAUGGCCACUCUGUCCAGGUGGACUUCAACGACAGCGACGAUCGAUCUGUGGUGACUGGGGGCCCCCUGGAUGGGCCCUACCGGCUCAAGCAGUUCCAUUUCCACUGGGGCCAGAUGCACAAUGUGGGCUCAGAGCACAUGGUGGACGGCAAGUCAUUCCCCUGCGAGCUGCACUUGGUUCAUUGGAACGCCAAGAAGUACAGCACCUUUGGGGAGGCGGCCUCAGCACCUGACGGCCUGGCUGUGGUCGGUGUCUUCUUGGAGAUCGGGGCUGAACACCCCUACAUGAACCGUCUGACAGACGCACUCUACAUGGUUCGGUUUAAGGGCACCACGGCCCAGUUCAGCUGCUUCCAGCCCAACUGCCUCCUGCCUGCCAGCCGGCACUACUGGACCUACCCCGGCUCCUUGACCACGCCCCCUCUGAGUGAGAGCGUCACCUGGAUUGUGCUCCGAGAGCCCAUCAGCAUCUCUGAAAGGCAGAUGGAGAAGUUUCGGGGCCUGCAUUUCACCUCAGUGGACGACGAGAGGAUCCACAUGGUGAACAACUUCCGGCCACCACAGCCACUGAUGGGCCGUUUGGUCAAGGCCUCCUUCCGGGCCUGAGCUGCCCGGCUGCCCAGCUGGCCACUAGGACACCAUCUUCCCAAGGGCUUCCAUGUCAGCAGACACCAAACCAUCUAAGGCUCCCUGCCUGGGGGUGCUGUGGACCCCCCUCUUCAGCUGGCUUGCUCCUUGGCCACCCUCUAGGCUUCUUGAUGGGAUCCCCAAGUCAGGAGACACUCUUCAGCUGCCCCGGGGGACAGGAAGGACAAGAGCUGAGCAUGUUCCAAGCCUAGAGCUGCCUCUGUUCUCCAAGAUCCAAAGGUCCCUGGGAACCUCCUCUGAUCUUCUUCCCACUGCCAGUGGCGGCAGCCCCACCCUGAGCUCACACUGUGAUGGACGAGACCCAGCUCUCUGGGGCGGGCAGCUGACAUUGCCAGAACGACUCAAGCAAUAAUUAGAGAUGGGCAUACCCUCUCGGCAUUACCUCUUCUGCAGGCCUCCGCCAUGCACGCACCUCACUGCCAGGCCAUUAAAAUAAAAAAAUAGCACCCAGCCUGCUGGAGGUGACGUGGCCUUCUCCCUCCAGCCACCUGCUGCCAGGGGCAGGCACUGGCUACAGCUUAUGUAGUAUCUCCCCUCGUCCCCCCACCCCCAGCCACCAAAGCCACCUACAUGACAAUCCAUCCAUGCAAUGAUUAAUAAAUUCA